GAGUUCGCAAGUAUGGAAGCCACCGUGGCAAUGUUGCAUUGCUUACUAUUAAUAUUAUUAUUAUUUUUAGCGGUAGUUAUUCACACGAAAGAAGAGCCUUAUUGCGAAAAACGAUCGGUCGACGACGGGGAGUGGCAUAGUGAUUGGUGCGAGGGUGACUUGCAGUUAGGCUCUGAGAGAUGUAACAUCGAGGUCAGGGACAGCUGCGAUCUCACACAGGAGCAGUUUCUCGAAGAGUACGCUCGCCGCAAGACCGUGAUAAUCAGGCACCCGAGAGAUAACGACUUGUUCAGAGAUGGAUGCAAGCGUCAUAAUCUCUUGAAAAAUUAUGGGAGCAAAAUUAUUCGGUUGAGUUCGGCUAACACCUAUUCUUAUAAAAAAGUUGAUACUACAUUAGAACACUAUAUAAAUCACCUUUUGAAUGUUCAGCCUUCGGACACACUUGGUAAUGAAACGUGGUACUGGUUUGGAGAUAACAACCACACGGAGUGGGAAGGUUUGUUCUCCCUCUAUCAACUUCCGGCGUUUCAUCUACCCGGACACGAGCCAGCGAUGAGCUUCGGACUGGCAGCGAGUGGUACUGGAGUUCCAUUCCAUUUUCACGGCCCUGGUUUUGCAGAGGUGAUCUUCGGAAGAAAGCGCUGGUUCCUGUAUCCGCCCGAUCACGUGCCGGCGUGGGACCCGGACAAAAGCACGCGCUCCUGGCUUGAGGAGGAGUACCCAAACCUCAGCGAAGACAGCAAACCACUCGAGUGCACGCUUCGUCCGGGAGAGCUGAUUUACUUUCCGGACCGCUGGUGGCACGCGACGCUCAACACACAAACUAGUGUCUUCGUCUCCACCUUUCUCAGUCCCUGACUACGGGUGGACCCUAGCAAAAUAUAUAUUACGACUGAAUCAUGCAGCUUAUGAAAGCAAUAUGGCAACUGUUUACUAUGCAGCAGACCGGCUAAAUCUUACUAGCCUUAUUUUUUGCCUGCACGAAUAAAAAUUGAAUUGAACCUUAGUAUAACCUG